GCUUUCAAAGUGAACUAUAAUGACCAUGUUAGCUAUUGCGACAGGUUGAAACGAGGAGCCUUCUCCAAGGGUUUGCCGCCAUCGCAAACUUAGAAAGAUGUUGAUUAACUUCAAGGAUAAGCUUUUGGACUCCUUACGGAUACCUUUCACGCGUUGAUCUACUUCUCCGGAUCCGUUGCACACCUUGGACGGAGCUGGGUUUUUUGGGAUAUAUAUUUACUGUGUUGAGUGCGCGUCUAUGUAUCCACAUCAUGCGCUUAGACCUGGGGAGUUGUGUGAUCACAGUCAUUCUAUAUUGUGCCUUUUUGCCCGCUAUCGUGGGCAGGAGCGCAGUCAGUAAAGGUGUGGUGAAAAAUUCAGGCAAAAAUUCAACUCGGACACAAUCAUGGAGUAGAGACCACUUUUUAUCAGAGGAUAUCCAGGUGGGUUGCCGGGAGUUGAGAGCCAAGAGGUAUAUCUCCGACGGAUUUUGUACCUCCAUGAAGCCCAUAAAGGAAGUCGUCUGCGCCGGAAACUGUCUGCCCAUCCGGGACCUUCCGUGGUACGCGGAAUUUGUGAAGUACUGGUCUCGGAACAAACUUAGGGAAUUCCAAUGCGAGGAGGACAUUGUGAAGCGAAAGAAGGUGCGCUUGCUGUGUCAAAAUGGAAACUAUCGAACAUACAAAAUUAAAGUGGUAAAAAGUUGUAAGUGUAAGAGAACGAUUGACGACCAUAACAGGACAAAAAGGAGGGAUAGAAGGCGGCGGAGGAGGAAAGGUCAAAAACGGAGGAGGCACAGUUCGAAAGACCACAGGCCUUGAGUAUCCGUUGAUGUGUAGAACAUUGGAGUAUGUGGUUUUUUUCUUUUUCGUAUUGGAAACCUGCGUGCUCGAACGGCAUGGCGCGCUGAUACAGUUGUGCAACGGGGAUGUUUUUCGAGGCAGAUAACCGCUCGUUCACAGCCAUCCGCCAGACGAAGCAGUGCCUAUUUUCAAAAUAAAACAAAAAAUCGUUUAAAGGAAAAACAAAGUUUCACCAUGUGUUUUACGGAUACCAUUCUUGCAGGAUAAGGUGAAGACAGCAUGUGUACAGAAUCUACCGUGAUUAUUAUUUUUUAUUAUUAUUUUUUUUUGCAAAGAGUAGCUGCAUCAACCAUUCAAACUAGAUAACCAGACAUGGCCAGCGUCGUUGUGAUGCUAAGGAACAUGCGUUGCUGUCGUCGUCGUCGUCAUCAUCGCCGACGUUGUUGUUGUUGGUACAGGAUUGCCAGGAAAGUAUCGACGGCAGCCAUUGGAGAAAACAACAGGAAUAGUGUAGCAGAGCAAAACAAAACAGAAAUUCAUCGGAGACGUUACUGCCUAUACUGAGGUGCCAUUGUGGUCAGUGGAAUUUCGUAUUGAUCUGAGUGUCUGCCAUUUGGUGUUUUGUUUUAUUGGAGAUGUAACAUAUUGCCGAGAGUCCUUCGCCGUGGUUGUAGGAGAAUACCUUUGCUAACAAUAUAUCGGCCAUAGUUUCGUAUUGGAGUUUUACCUUCAGCCAGUUCUUCGCUGUUGUUCGUGUACCUUUAAUUGGCCAGUGGAUGAAAUUGCGGAUAUGUCCUAAUUUAAUGGUGGGAGAUAACUCGAUCUCAAUUUGGAAUGUCCCAAGGUGUAUCACGUAACUGGAUUCUGAAGGGAAGUUAAUGCACAAAAAAAAAUAGUGCCCACUUUGUUUACCUUUAUGUGAGUACCUCGCCCUUGUAAUUUACCUUGUGAAUACCCUUUUGAUGAACUUUUUGUGAGUACCUCAUUGUUUUGUGCUUUUUUUCAAACAAAAAACAUGCCUCCUCAUCUUUCAGUUUCGUUAACGAUUUUCGUUGUUUUUUUUCGUUUUUUUUUUUUUUUUUGUGUCUGAGUACGCCAAGGUGUAAAGAUUUGUGGGCGCAAGACUACAAAGCGCGUAGAGUCACUGAACCGUAACGCUGAGUGCACUCUCCGUGUCGAAGUUUCGCAUGUUUGUUCCGAUGGAUACAACGCUAAAGGAACAAACCAACAAAAUGGCAUCUUUCAUUACUUAACCAUUCCAGGAAUAAUGUAUAAUUUUUGUGUGUGUUUGCGAGUCACAAGAUGCGUGCGGUUAAGCACCAAAACUUGUCUGGGGGGAACCUGUGUGGAGUACGCAUGUCUGUGUAGCUGCUUCCUGUCUUUUUGAAUGUGUGGUUACAUGAUUUUACCGGAAGUUACGAUCACCGAUCGAUGCCGCUAGGAAUCUUUGUGAAAUGUGAGGUCACGUGAUUCACCGGAAGUUACGAUCGCCGAUCGAUGCAGCUAGGAUCAUGUGAAUGCGUGGUCACGUGAUUUACUGGAUGUUACGAUUACCAAUCGAAGACGCUGUAGGAUUACGUUGGAAGUCUUUACGUGAUCGCCGUAACAGUUUAUUUAAUUUUGUUUGUCUAUUACUGUAUUGCCAAAGUUACAACCAAGUGUAGCGUAUUAUAGUUAUCACCCUUUUAGGUCCAUCAUAAGGAGAUGCGAAACAUUAGUUAACAAUUACAGUUGCGAAUCCACACUUUCAGAAUUGUCCUACCCUAUCUCUUUUAGCUAGCAUAAACCGUUAAAUAUACUCAACAACGAAAGUUUAGCUAAUGUUAAAAGAAAUGGCAUAACAUUUAUAAAGUAACCUAUUUUUAUUAAUUAGUAUUCACAUCUGAAAUGUUUACCAUUUACAAACAACA